AUGUUAUUACCAAUUUGGUUAUUCAUUGUAGGAGUUGUUUCUGAUAUUGCUAUUGUUUAUCCUUCAAACAAUGAAAAUUUCACACCAAAUAUUGAUGAAAUCGAUAUAAGGUUCGAAUUUAUAGAUGAUAAUUCUUCACCCCAUGAUACUGAACUAGACUUUAUAUCGAUCAACUUAUGUACUGGUCCCAAUAAUGACAUAACUCAAGUCAAUGCAAUAGCUGAAAACCUUACCUUAGCUGAUUUUCGAAUUUCAGGAACCACCCUCUUUGAAACGAAUUUGUCGAUAAGCAAGGAUUUUUCAAGUGACGGGUUAUAUUUCUUGCAAGUGCUAUCUUUUUGGGAGGACUAUUUGAGUAUUCAUUACAGUGAGAGAUUUGUUUUGAGUAACAUGACCAACAGUACCAAGAUACUACAUGGAUCAAUGGAAGAUCCCCCAACUCCUGAUACUAAGAUUACUCAGGGUGUGUCCACAACCGACUAUGCAAAUUUGUACACUAUCCCAUACAUGUCACAGACAUUGAGCGUUAAAUAUGCUUCUAUGCAACCACAAGUUGGUAGUUUCAGGACGCUGCGAUGGUCUAAUACAUUUAAUAUCCGAUCCAUAAGUCCCUACACAACUUUAGGACCUAGUCCGAAUGUCAUGUACACUAUCACGGAGCCACCAACAUACGUGAUAAAUUCUGGUAUCAAUACCAUACAGGCUCAGACGCCAUCCCAUCACCAUUACGAUCCAAAUAAAAGAGUUCAAAAACCAAUCCUUAGACCCCCCUCAGUGUCUCAUAGUUAG